AUGAGCACCAAGCUGGAGUGGCCCACUCAGAGACGCAACUCUGCUUGUUCUUCGUCUUCUUCGUCGUCCUCGUCGCUCUAUCCCAGCACGAGUUGCCAACAAGAAGACCUUUUCUCGUUGGACAAUGUAUGGAAGACGGCACAACAAGAACUGCCCAAUCCAACAGGACGUCCUCUGAUGGAAGUGACUCCCAAUGUCCGAGCGCCGUACUUUGAUGCUUCCUACACCACACAGGCCGUCUUGCAAAAUCAACAUGUCAUUACCACUUGCUAUGGCUGCUCCACCAAGCUGGCGUGUCUCUACGGGAUGCAAUACGUCGCUUGUCCCGCAUGUCACGGAGUGGGACUCGUCGAAGAACGAAUCACACUCACAUAUCCUCGCAAAGCCUGUGGUGUGGGCAUUGGACUGCGACGAAAACAACAAAAGAAACAACAGCAACAACAGCCAGAAAACAACAAACCCGUCGUGGCAUCGUCCGCAUGA